AUGAAUGUAGAGACACGUAUCUCCACAAUCAAAAAAUAUGGUUAUUGCUAUAACUGCUUGGCCAUUUCACAUAGCUACAAGAACUGUGUGAGUAAAUUCUCGUGUCGUAAGUGUCACAAAAAACACAAUACUCUGAUACACAGAGAAUCCAGCUUUCGACCUGAAUCAACUCCGGAAAUACCAAACGUCACUAGUUCGAACCCUGAAAACGCUUCAAGUACCGCACCACCCACCCAAAGCACAAAUACAACUCGGCAAUCCUACACAACAACUAUACAGUCCACUAAAUCAUCAACCCAAGACCCACCCAACCCAAGUAGGAAGCAGAUAUUACUCGGUACUGCAAUGGUUCAAAUAGAACAUAAUGGCCAGCGAUAUUCCGCGAGAGCUCUUAUUGAUUCAGGAUCGGAAGCCACAUUUAUAUCUCGAAGACUUCAAAGAAGUUUGGAUAUACCCACCCACUCUGUAUCAGCCCAAGUGACCGGACUAAACAAUGCAGUUUCAGCAACACCAACGAGUAUUUGUGAAAUCACUUAUAAGCUAUCAGCACAGGCAUUUAUACUAAAUAGCCUAACUGAUAAUUUACCCUCAUACCCCAUAGAUCCAAAGCAGUGUCUUAAAAAUCUUGGAUUCACGUUAGCCGAUACCCAAUUUCACAAACCCAGACCCGUGGAUAUACUAAUCGGUAGUGAUAUCUAUCCAAGUAUUUUACUCAAUGGAGUAAAGAGAAACAUACUAGGUUCACUCUUAGCUCAAGAGACAGAAUUCGGAUGGAUAUUGUCCGGACCCAUCACCCAACCCUCCCAAAAUUCCGCCAUAGUCUCAUUUCACAAUAAAGUGAACCCUGAGAAUCUACUCACACGUUUUUGGGAGGUGGAGGAAAUCCCAAAGGAAUCCGUAGUUUCCAAAUCAGAUCAAAUUUGUGAGGAAAUUUUCCAAAAAACUACCCGUCGUAAUCCAGAUGGGCGCUAUAUAGUAACCCUACCCUUCAAAGAACCCGACAAUAUUGAUAUCGGAUACUCUAGACAUAUAGCGUUGGCCCAAUUCCUCAGAAAUGAACGAGCUUUACUUAAAAAACCCGAAGUGAAAGCAGAAUAUGACAAAGCAAUUAUGGAAUAUUUGGAACUCGGACAAAUGAAGAAAAUAGAAUAUGACCCUUCUGUUAAAGCGACCCAAUAUUACUUACCACACCACGCAGUCAUUAAACCCGACCGUAUAACCACGAAAUUGCGUGUGGUAUUUAACGCAUCUUGCCCCACGUCAAAUCACAAAAGCUUGAAUGACGUCUUACAUAUCGGGCCUACUUUACAAAAGGACCUUGUCAUUCUGAUCACAAAUUGGCGACUCUUCCAAUUCGUUUUUAAUGCGGAUAUUCAAAAAAUGUACCGGCAAAUACUCGUAGACCCUAAUCACACUCGGUUCCAAAGGAUAUUAUUUAGGAAGUCCCCGGAAGACACAAUAGAAGACUUCGAAUUGCAAACAGUCACGUUCGGCAUAAAUUGUGCGCCGUAUCUAGCGAUCCGUACCCUCAUGAAGCUAGCUGAUGAUAUAGAAGAAACCCACCCAUUAGCAGCCAAAAUACUUCGCCAGGAAAUGUAUGUAGACGAUGUUUUAGCUGGAACACAUGACCUGACCACGGCAAAGUCAGCACGAGAUGAACUCAUUUCCGCUCUGAAGUCCCCAGGAUUCGCUCUGCGAAAAUGGACCUCCAAUGACCCACACAUUCUGAAAGGACUUCCACAGGAUCAUCUUUUAGAGACGGAAACACUCAACCUUUCGGAACCCGAGAACACCAAAACCCUGGGCAUUCGAUGGAACUCCAAAAAGGAUUCAUUUUUCUUCCUCGUCAACCCAAUGGAGAAAAAACCCGCACACACCAAACGUGAAGUUUUAUCAGCCAUAGCAAAAUUGUUUGACCCAGCCGGUUGGCUUAGUCCAAUAGUAAUCACGACAAAAAUAAUUAUGCAACAAAUAUGGCUAGAUAAAACUGACUGGGAUGAAAGCCUGAAGCCCCUUACCCUUCAUCGAUGGAACAGUUUCGUAAAGGAUUAUGAAAACAUAAAUAAAAUUGAAAUACCCAGAUGGACCCAUUUUGACCCAACAGCCACCAUCGAAUUCCACGGUUUCUCUGAUGCUUCAGAAAAAGCAUAUGCCGCGACACUUUAUAUAAGGGUUUUAGUUGGACACAAAAUAUGGACAACUCUCUUAGUCUCAAAAACAAGAGUUGCUCCCAUUAAAACCGUAUCCCUACCCAGAUUGGAACUCUGCGGAGCGGUUCUACUAGCUAACCUUGUUAACUCUACCUUAUCCCAACUACACUAA